AAUAGUAAUGACAAGUUAAUUAACUUUUAUGGUCAACCAAUAAACUAUGAAGAGGUGUAUGGACAUUACAUUUAUCCCUAACAAAGUGAAUCAGGCUUAAAUCAGGCCCAGUUUUAACAAAGUUUGUAGUUUUUUUUUGAAUUCCAAGUAUUACUGAUAUUAUCUGAAAAAAAAUCAAAUCUUCUAUCUGAUAUUUUUGAUAGCAUGUGAAAAUCGCGAUAGAAAAGUAAAUAAAGAUGUUUCUUCUACUUCGUGCAAUUAAUUACUGCCGACCACGAGUUUCUAAAUCGACCAUCCAAGUUCUAUGCUCUCGCUGCAAUUCAAACUCAGCUGCAAGAUGGUUGAUUACCAAAGGAAGGCAACAAAAGCUUGAUCGAAUGAAGUCUGAAAUCAAUAAAUCAUGGGAGCCAGUUUAUCGAAAUCCAUUUAUAAUUCCAAUCACUCUUGUCGUUAGAUGUAAAAUUUAUCAUACAAUAUUCACCUGUUUAGUGUUCGCCACUUCGAUUUACUAUUACCUAGAAGGUUCCGUUCAAGCAACCCAAGUUGCAUAUAUGGGCAUUGCUCUAUCGAUUGUUUUACUAAUACUCUUUGGAUAUAGUAUCUUGUAUCAGAGAGUUAUCGGCAUUGCCUAUCUUUCUAAAGACUCGAAGCUUGUUCGAUUAGCUCAUCUUGAUUUCUGGGGAAAGCGAAUCCACUCUGAUAUUUCUAUUAAUAACAUCGUUCCCCUCUCUGAUGUCAAUCUCAAGCUAAAUACUUUUCAUCUAAAAGUAGCUCGUUAUGAUUCAAGGCAAGUUUAUUAUAUGAAUUUAGGUCCAAAAGCUGUUUUGAAUCCAGAAAAUUUUACAUUGAUUUUUGGUUAUCAACCCCACUCAGGUUAUAAUGAUGUAGACCAUAUAAGCAAGAAUAUCAAAGAACAAGAAAAAGAUGCAGCGAAUGAAUCUGAAUAUCAGGUAGAGUCAAAUAAAAAGACUUCCGAAACAUGAUUUUAUGUAUAUAGAAAGCAAUGACUUAACGAAAACAUGUAUAGUAUGAAUAAAUGACAAAACUGAAUGUUCUGAACCCUUGAAUAUAAAAAUUAACCAAAUAAAACUUUAAUAAAUCAAAAAAAAAAAA